UACUGUCCAACCGUGAAUUGUUCGUAGUCGUCGCGUAAGCUAGUGAGUGAGAAAAAUCUGUUAAAAACAAAAUUUUUUCUUGCUGAUCCUGGCAACAUGAAUUUCGUUGAAAAUAAGACGGUGGAUUCGAGGCGGUCUUGGUGUAUUCUUAGUAUCGUAUUUUUCUCGCUGUUUGGCGCGGGAGGACUACAAAUGUCGUUCGGGACCAUCCUGGGCGCUUUAGUUGACGAGUUUGGUGAAUCCACUAGUAAAAUAGUUUGGAUCGGCAGUUUGGUCACGCUAUUCAACUGUAUAUUAUCCCCUCUGACAAUAUUCCUGGCCCAGCGUCACGGCAUGAGAAUAACGCAGCUGAUUGGUGGAAUUAUUUUAACCUUGGGCAUCCUCGCCACCUCUGUUGUCAACUCGGUAAACCUGAUGUUCCUUACCUACGGGACCCUGGUCGGCAUUGGCUCGGCCCUGGUCUAUUCCCCAGCGUUCGCGGCGAUCCCAGAAUACUUCACGAAGUAUGUUUCCAUAGCGACGGGUAUAGGAUCAUCUGGAAUGACCUUGGGAUUAAUCUUCUUCUCCUUUACCCUCCCCAUACUGCUUCCGGAAAUUGGUUGGCGCAAGACGCUGUGGGGGGUUGCCGCGAUCGGACCGCUGAUCAGUGUGUGCGGGCUUGCGUUUUCGACGCCCAAGGCAGAACCAACCAGCGACGUGAGCCCCGAGAAAGCGGCACAAGGGGCAAAUACAGAUAAAGAGUCAUGGAAGGGUUUAUUGAAGAAGAAGUCAUUCAUCCUAUGGUGCAUUGCCUGUUUUAUUUUUGCUUCUGUCGAAUACGUUCCGCUUUUCCUUGUGGCACAAUGCGCUAAAGACUCUGGCAUCCCAGCAACCGAAACCAAAUGGCUGAACAUUGUGUUCGGAUUUGGCUGCUUCGUUGGCAAGGUCGUCUCUGGUUCUUUGGCUGCGCCGCUACUUCGACGAGACAUGUGCAAACACUUAUACACCAUAACCAUCUUUGCAUACAGCCUCUCCUCUUUUCUCGUGUCUUUACACCCCGCAUACGAGAGUCUUAUAGCGUACAUGGUGUUUGUCGGCUUCCUUCAGGGAUUAGUCGAAAGUCUCUUCUUUUUGGUGAAUCUUGAAAUUGCAGGGAUGAACGCCUAUAGGACAGCUUGUGGGUUUACGUUGGCGUUGACGUCAGUUUCUAUGACGACAGGCCCACCUCUUGCAGGUUUACUUUACGAGGCAUUUUCCCACAUUCGUUAUCUCCUAUUAGCAAUCUCAGCCACAAGUUUCGUCGCCAGCCUCUUCAUUUCUGUCAUCCCGUGCGCAACCCCGAGACGUAGCUACACACUUAACCACGGUUUCCUUGAAAACCCGGACUACUGGCGUGUGUAUUGUCACAAUGUUUCUCCCCAACCUCCUCGCCGUCCGGCUGCAUUCGUGAUCGCAAACGAAGCUGCUGUUGUUGCCGACGUUAGCGGGCACCGAGUGAACAGCAAAACAACCGCAAGUCAUUUACCGAAGACAAUAUCAAAAGCCGAGCUCAUACAAGUGGUGUAGAAGCGAUUACAGCUUACGAUAUUGGGCGUAGUCAUAGAGACGACUCUCUGCUCGCCUUUGGGUGCCAUGAGGCUCAAAUCUCAGAUUUAGAACUUCCGUAAAUUCCCAAAGCGCGCCUACGCUGAAGGUUUGCAAAGUUAGCUGGAAAUUUGACGUUUCCUCGUUAAAGCGUAGUCUCUCGGUCAUUUUUAUUGUUGACCAUAAAGUUAGGUAGAAUUAGUACCGCAGUCUAGCAAUAGCACGGGAGGGAUGAUUUAUAGGUGGUUGUGGAUAACUGAAUGGAGAUAUCUAUUUUUGUCCGGAAAGGGUAAAAUGUGUUAAAGAAUCACGAAAUACCCUUUUAAAGCAUUUAUAGUUUGGAGAGCUUAUGAGAGAGGGCAAUUAGAA